AUUAUGGUCAGUCUCUAGGUCAAAACGCGCAUAUUUAAAAAAAAGUUGGUCCUUUCACCUUUUCCUCCCUCCACCCUUUCCCGUGAAAAGAUCAAAGAAUGACAGAGAUACUACGACCUAGCCGAGAACUCAGUGAUAACGACAUUGACAGGUUCCGCUCUCAAUUAAGACAGGCUAUUCUAGUCUGUCGCGAACGGUGCUUGACACUGUCCGCGCAAUGGGCGACAGAGAUUCUUGACGGAAUCGCGUCCGAACAACCGCCCGAUCUCGCCGAAACAGCACUUGUUUGUACAGAUUAUGAGUCGUCGUUAAAACCACUUUCGGAAAAGGAGUACAAUAAAUAUCAAUAUGCGCGUGCGUUAUUUCGAAUGCAGCAGUAUGAUAAUGUGGCCUUUAUCUUGAAAGAUUAUACACAUCCGCGGCUGAUGUUUCUACGAUUAUAUGCAAAGUUUCUGGCUGGCGAAAAGCGUAAAAAUGAACGGAUACACGAUAUGUUAGACGUUUCCGAAAACUCACAUGCGAAAAAUGCCGAGCUCGAUGCUAUCUACAAGGAAUUAAAGCAGUAUCAUGACCAAGACAAGUUGGAUGCUUUCAAUCUCUAUUUAUACGGAACUGUAUUACGGAAGCGCGAGUUCAAUGAUAAAGCAGCUGUUGCAUUACUUUCUUCGCUGAAAAAGUACGAGUACAACUGGUCGGCUUGGAUAGAACUGGGUGCACUUGUUACGAGUAGAAAACAGUUUCAUGAUCUAGAGCAAGUGUUGAACGAACAAAUGCCCAAUAGUAUCAUCAAAAGCUUUUUCUUUGCGCGCAGAGCACUAGAGAUCAAUUUAUCACAUGAAACAUUCUGGAACUUUAUGACUCCCCUUCUAAACCAUUUCGAGAAUAGCAUUUUUGUCAAAUCACAAUUAGCAACAGCAUUUUACGAUAUGUUUGAUUAUAAUGAAGCGGAAGCAUUAUUUGAUCAAAUACGACAAGAAAAUCCAUGUCGAUUAGAAGACAUGGAUAUAUAUUCAAAUUUGCUGUAUCUCCAAGGAUCUCGUACGAAACUCAGUGUACUUGCACAUCAAUGUACGAGAAUAGACAAAUAUCGCCCAGAAACAUGCUGUAUAGUAGCCAAUUAUCACAGUGCAAGAGGCGAACUCCCAGAGUCGGUAGAAUAUUUUAAGCGCGCAUUAGCCUUGAAUCCCAACUACCAUCUUGCAUGGACGCUACUUGGACAUGAUCAUAUUGAAAUGAAGAACAUGCACGCUGCAAUUGAAUGUUAUCGUCGGGCAAUUGAUCUAAAUAGCCGUGAUUAUCGAGCAUGGUAUGGUCUUGGCCAAGCAUAUGAAAUUCUCGGUUUGCCAUUUUACGCGACGCAUUAUUACCAGAAAAGUACAGAGUUAAGACCAAACGAUGCACGCAUGUGGGAAGCACUCGGUGAUUGCUAUGAACUGCUACAGCGAGACCAAGAAGCGAUCAAGUGGUAUAAACGGGCAGCAGCAUGCGAUAAAGAAGCAAAGCCGAGGGUUAUGAUCCAACUGGCACGGACGUAUAAUAAAUUGGGCGAAAGCAGUGCAGCAGCGGAGUAUUAUCGCCGUGCCUUUGAUCGAUAUGUGGAAGAAGGGCAAGAUACCGAAGAGAUCGCAGAGGCAGGAUUAUUCCUUGCUCGAUAUUAUCUGAAUAAAUCAGAAUGGAUGGAAGCAGAAGAGUAUGCUAAGGCUGCGUUGGACUAUAACUUUCCGUAUUAUGAAGACGGAAAAUCGGUUCUUGAAGAAAUUCAAUUCAAAAGGACAUACCAGAUUUCUUGAUAUAAAAAAAGAGCAUUUCCAUCCUACGGCCACAAUAUACUUUAUAUUUCUAUGCACUUUGUGUAUCACAGUAUACUCUUUUGCAUUUGCAAAGUUAACUCAUAUCCAGGACAUACUAAUUCGUAAUAUACAAAUAUAGACUCUAAGCUUUCCUUAACUUUUGUUUUGGAAAAAAGACUUGGAUUUUAAAUUCUGUACAUAUGUAUUCAGUUGUGUAACGAUAUGGGCCGAUCAAGCAAAAUGAUCUUACCCUUUCAAUGUGGUUUAUGCCAUGUAGGAUGAUUUGCCUACCAUAUACUCUGGCCUAUUGGGCGUUUAUGAGUUCUUUUGUAAAGUACUUGUAGGCUUUGCUCUACGACAU